AAGUAAAACAUAGGGAAAAAAAAAAAGGCAAAGAAAGAAAGAAAUUUUGUAAAUUUCAAAUACGCGGGAAAGUAGCCUCCAAAAUUAACCCACCGUUACAAACCCAAAGCCUUCAAAAACGAACCCAAAACACUUAAAAAAGAAAAAGAAAAAAUCACUUUUAACUUAAAAAAACAACACAUUUUCGAUUCUGAAAUCCUCUUUCUUCUGGUUUUCAAAUUGAAAAAAACACUCGAAACACUUUCUUUUAGGGUUUUUGUUGUGUUUGUUUUCAUUUUCGUAAAAAAGUCUUCGCAUAAAUCAAAACCAUGAAAAGAAUUCCGAAAAGCGAAGUGAAGCCAGGAAAGGGGAAUCAAAGUCUCCACUCAGAGGACACGGAGUCGACCCGUCACAGUCAACAAGGCACGGCGGAUCGGAGAGUUCUUCGGUCUCGAUAUCUAGCUGUGAAGAAUCUGAUCAGUGAUAAAAGAGAUGAUAUAUCGAGAGCAGGUUCCGAUAAAUUUAAGUCUAUUAUUAGCGAAGUGGAGAACUUGCAUCAGUUUGUUCAGAAGCCAAGAGAGCAAGUUGCAGAUGCAGAGGCUCUAUUGGACAUUGCUAACACCUUGGUGACCUCUGUCAAGUCACAGACCAAUGCUGGUGUUACACCAUCCGACUUAGUAACAUGUUUCCUCAGCAAAUAUGGGCAACAUGGAGGAGGAUUCACCACAGAAAAUCCUCGAAUCCACUGGAAAAAAAUUGGGAUUGUUGUUUCACCCAUUUUCAGAAAAGGGCAAGGGUGCUGCACCAUGCUUGGACCUAUGAACACUGAGUUGAAGCAAAGGAAAGUUGCUGUUCAUCAAAAGCGUUCGAGGGAGCCUACUGAAAGCACUCGACCUGAAGAGCUUAAUAAUUAUGAGGAAGAACACAGAUCGGAUACUGACAAGAAUAUGGCAACCAUGUUUGAGAUUCUGAGGAGGAAGAAGCAAGUCAAGCUUGAAAGCCUCAUGUUGAACAGGAAGUCCUUUGCGCGGACAGUGGAGAACUUGUUUGCUCUGUCUUUCUUAGUCAAAGAUGGACGAGCUGAAGUAGUUGUUGAUGAGAAUGGCUCACAUUUAGUCUCACCUAAGAAUGCUCCCGCUGCUAGUUCUGUGGUUGCCAGAGAGGUGGUUUACUCACAUUUUGUAUUCAGAUUUGACUUCAAAGACUGGAAGUUGAUGAUGGACUUGGUGCCAGCUGGGGAAGAGCUAAUGCCACACAGGGAUCAAUCAAAAGGCCUGAAUGCAUCUCAGGCAGGCUUGGCACCUAAUGAUUACCAAGAUACACUUCACACAACACCAAUCAAGAAAUUUUCCAGGAAUCGUGGCCUUGUCAUACAGGAACAACCAAUCGUAAAAGAGGACCCUGAUACAGGAGAUGCUGCAGGUCAGAGAUGUAAACGAAAGCUUCACCAAGUUAUAUCAUAAGCUAGUCAAACUUGUAAUCAUGUAUACACAAGUUUCUUUUUGUGGUCAGUAACCAGAUAAAGAUUUGUUGUGUGCUGCUGAGUUUUUUGUCAUGUAUAUAGGUAGCAAGAGAGCAAGCCCCUUAGCUGAUAUUCCCACUGAGAUGGUUUCAACUUUUUGAGCACCUUGUUUGGGCUUUAACUCCUGUGUAAGAAUGAGCAUUUUGGAGAACCUUGAUCUAUUAACUGCAAUACAAGUUUGUUCUCUGUCUA